UUCGCAGGUUUCUGCUUUCCUUUGUUGCCUUAGCAACUAGUCGUUAGGUCGGCCAUAUUUACUGCGAAGCCGAGAUCGAAUUUGGGUCUGAAACUUUUAUAAGAGAUCGCCAAUUGUUUGUUACUACGUUAGGGGAGACAUAGAAAAGCGACAAAAUGCCUCCUAAAAAGAAAAGUGGUAAAAAGAAGGGGAAGGGAAAAAAGAAGUCAGCAAAGUCUAAGACUCCUACCAUUGUUGAUGGCAUAAGCACAGAGGAAAUGACCAAGGAACAGCUUGAAGAACACAUUGUCAGACUAAGAGAAGAACUUGACAGAGAGAGAGAAGAGAGGAAUUACUUCCAACUAGAGAGAGAUAAGGUCAACACCUUUUGGGAGAUUACAAAAAGACAAUUUGAGGAAAAGAAAGCCGAGCUGAGAAAUAAAGACAGAGAAAUGGAAGAAGCAGAAGAGAGCCACCAAGUGGAGAUAAAAGUUUACAAACAGAAAGUGAAACAUCUACUUUAUGAACAUCAAAAUAAUAUUGCUGAGCUCAAGGCUGAGAGUUCUGUUGCUCUUAGUCUAGCUCAAGAUGAGCAUAGAACAUCUGAGCAAGACCUUAGAAAAGACAAGAGGUCGCUAAAGGUUGAGCUGAAAGAACAAGAGUUGUCGCAUGAAGAUGUGGUAAAGAAUCUAAAGCGAAACCAUGACGAACAUGUAACCAGACUGAGGCAAGAUUUUGAAAGACAAGUGAAAGAAAUUGAAGCAAAAUAUGACAAGAAGAUGAAAGCUUUGAGAGAGGAACUGGAGCUUAGAAGAAAAACAGAAAUUCAUGAGAUUGAAGAGCGCAAGAAUGGCCAGAUAAACACUCUGAUGAAAAACCACGAAAAAGCGUUCAGCGACAUUAAGAACUAUUACAACGACAUCACUCUUAACAACCUGGCCCUUAUCAAUUCUCUAAAGGAACAAGUUGAGGAGAUGAAGAAGAAGGAGGAGCGAAUGGAGAAGCAGAUGAACGAGAUAAUGGCGGAGAACAAGCGACUGACAGAACCCCUGCAGAAGGCGCGCGAAGAAGUCGAGGAGCUUAGGAAACAGCUUGCCAACUACGAGAAAGACAAGGCAUCAUUAGCGAGCGCUAAGGCACGGCUAAAGGUCCAAGAGGACGAACUACACAGUUUGCACUGGGAACACGAGGUUCUACAACAGCGCUUUGCUCAGACUCAGAGCGAGCGGGACGAGCUCUAUGGCAAGUUUGUGAAGGCGAUCCACGAGGUCCAACAGAAGAGUAACUUCAAGAACCUGCUUCUUGAGAAAAAAUUGACUGCACUUGCCGACACCCUGGAGAAAAAGGAAGCACAGCUGAACGAAGUUCUUUCCGCUUCAAACCUUGACCCUACGGCAUUAACGGUGGUCACCAGAAAACUCGAGGAUGUGCUUGAUUCCAAGAACAGUGCAAUCAAAGAUUUACAAUACGAAUUGGCACGCGUUUGUAAGGCGCACAACGAUUUAAUCCGCACAUACGAAGCUAAGCUCACAUCGUUCGGUGUCCCGACGGAAGAAUUGGGUUUCAAGCCACUCGAGAGUAAUGUCGGAGGACAGCAGCUAGGGAAAGGGCCGGCUGGACUUGUGGCUGCUCCGACCUGACACAUCCAUGUCCGCUUUAGUUUAUAGCUCAAUAUUUUAUUUCUCUCGCCCAAUCUUGUACUGUACAUAGGUUUUAACAAAACGAUAUACAAAUGUUGUUUUUUCCAGUGCUGUUAAACAAUUGACAAGAUUCUAUUUUAAAUGUUUUUUUUUUGUUCUCAUUAAACAUUAUUUUAUGUAGGGUAUUCUGUAUUUGAAUUUUUGCGAUAAACUACAGAUUAUGUAUUCUGUUUUUAUUUUGUAAAUAAAUUUGUUUAUAAAUGUGA